CUCUCCCCAGCCAACCCAGGUGGUUGCCUCUGCAUUAAACGUUUCCAAGUGACGUAGAAACCUGCAGGCCCACAGGCCCCUCCACACUUCCUGUGUGGGGUUCAGAAACCUGCCUCCCCUCCCAGCCUUAGGUGCCUGCUUCGGAAAAUGAAGUAAUAAGCCAACUGGCCUCCGCCAUCUUAGCUAGAGUAAGUGUCCAGUGAGAGAAGGAUGCAGUCAGGAAAUCUCUGGAGAGUUCUGGGACUCUGCCUCUUAUCAGUUGGUGCUUGGGGGCAAAAAGAGAAUGAAGAUACUGUUGGUGCUUGGGGGCAAAAAGCAUAUAAAAUCUCAAUCUCUGGAACCAGGGUAUUGUUGACAUGCCCUGAGGAUUCUGGAUCUGACACAAUAAAAUGGGAUAAAAAUUAUCAAGAAAUAAAUGGUUUUGAGGGCCACCAAUUAUUACUGGAUGAAUUUUCAGAACUGGAUGACAGUGGUUAUUAUUCCUGCUACACAAGCGAGUCAAAGAACCUUCGCAGUUUUCUCUACCUGAAAGCAAGAGUCUGUGAGAACUGCAUGGAGGUGGACCUGAUGGCUGUGGCCACAAUCAUCAUAGGCGACAUCUGCAUCACUCUGGGCUUGCUGCUGGUGGUGUAUUACUGGAGCAAGAACAGAAAGGCCAAGGCCAAACCUGUGACCAGAGGAGCGGGUGCUGGUGGCAGGCCCAGGGGACAAAACAAAGAGAGGCCACCACCUGUUCCUAAUCCAGACUAUGAGCCCAUCCGGAAAGGCCAGCGGGACCUGUAUUCUGGCCUGAAUCAGAGAGGCAUCUGACAGCUCCUGAGGACACCGCCUCCCAUUGGCCCAGGCCUGGCUCUUCUCCAGGCACCCUGCUACUCCCUGUUCCCUGGGCAGUUCUUGGGCCCCACAGAACUGUUCCUCUGCCUUUUAUGGAAGUCACACUUGCAGCCCUGUCCCCAGCUCCCUCUUUCCGCCUUCUCUGCUGGUGACCAGUCCUAGGAUAUUGCUGUUUCAAUGUCCUUUGAAAUAUCAUCGCUACUCACCCCCCACACCUGGCCUGCAUUCUUGUCAGGAUAUUUAUUUCUGUUUUUCACCACCACCUCCAAUUCCUUCCUUCCCUGGUGGAUGUUAAUUCUCCCUUCAGUUACCUCCUUUUUCCGGUGUGUAAAGCGCCCCAUCCCUAUUUUAUCUACAUUUCUAUUUUUCUAGCUCUCUCUUUGGCAAUUUUCUGUGGGAAUAGACUGGAUAAAUGUUGGCAGAAGUCUUGGCCAAGUCACAGAGCCUGGCCCAGAGCCAGCCUUUUGUUUCCUCUCCCGUCUCCACUGUUGGCCCCUGGAUGAUCAUUUCCAUCUCCAGGCUUCUUGUCAGCUGAGAGAGAAAAGAAAUAAAGUGUAUUUG